AUGCCGACUCUCGAGCACAGCAGCAGCAGCCUCGAGGAGGAGGUACGGACACUUUUUGUGAGUGGCCUUCCGGUGGACAUCAAGCCCCGAGAACUAUACCUCCUUUUCCGACCAUUUAAGGGUUAUGAAGGAUCGCUCAUCAAACUAACAUCCAAACAGCCAGUAGGGUUUGUUACUUUCGACAGCCGCUCUGGUGCAGAAGCUGCAAAGAAUGCCUUGAAUGGGAUCCGCUUCGACCCAGAGAAUCCCCAGACGCUGCGGUUAGAGUUUGCUAAGGCAAACACCAAGAUGGCAAAGAGCAAGCUGAUGGCCACACCAAACCCCACCAACCUUCACCCUGCCCUAGGCGCACACUUCAUUGCACGAGAUCCUUAUGAUCUGACUGGAGCUGCCCUGAUUCCAGCAUCUCCAGAGGCGUGGGCUCCCUACCCCCUGUACACCACGGAGCUCACCCCGGCCAUUCCACAUGCAGCUUUCACCUAUCCGGCUGCUGCCGCUGCUGCCGCUGCUCUUCACGCUCAGAUGCGCUGGUACCCUCCUUCUGACGCUACCCAACAAGGAUGGAAGUCCCGGCAAUUCUGUUAGUUUUAAGCUGCUUUUGGCCCACAUUUCCCCCUCUUGUCUCUCCAUGGACUGAUGCAUGAAGGACGAAGGAGUCUUUGGGAACCUCUUGUCCCGGCCUUUUCCCCUCCCGGACACCAUCAAAAGUGCCGAACUUCACUUGGCCGUCUUAUGAAUGAAGCUAUGGAUUUCCCCCUCCAAAACUGUGAACGUCAAACUCCUCCGUCUCUUCCCCUUCUCCCAACUCCCACCCACCCCCUCCUGUUGCUGAGUUCCUCCUCCUGCUUACCUUUUGAGUCCUUUCAGGAGAAACUCAACCUUGUUGAUACAUCCGCUUUGGUGUGGGCGGUGCGUGUACGUAUGUUCCCAGCUGGGAUGCUGGCACGCCGUGCGGCCUAGCUGCGUACAGUGCAAUAUCCAAACUUUUCUUAUCCAGAACCUUGUGUAUGCAGUUUUGCUGAAGGAAAGCAAAAAGACAAUUCAGUUUUGCAUGUUUUCUGGCAUGACUUUAAAACACUUUAACUUGGUGGGUGUGUUGAGUGUGCAGAAUUCGUUUUUGGGUCUAGCAUUUGUGUAACCAUAGCUGUAGAUCUUGGACUAACUAUCGAUCACUAAACUUUUUUUUUCAUCUUGCUUCUGUCAAGAUUUGGCUUUUGGAAAAAAACUAAACCCUCUCUGUCUUUUCUCUUUUCCUCUUCUCUUCCUCCUCCUCCUCCUCCUCCUCCUCCUCCUCCUCCAGGGUAUCUUUCUCUGUUCAGCCUUGACUAGAAUUUGAAAUUAAAAAUUUUCUUCUCCAAAGUACAGUGCACUGGGUUUCCGGUUCAUUUUGCCCUUCCCCAAUUUAAGUCAGGGUUAUUGGUUUUUUUUUGUGUGUGUUGGUGUUUUUCUGUCAAACCUCUAUCUGUAGAACAGCUGUAAAAUAUUUCACCUUUUCCUUCCACAUCCUUUGGAUUGGAAAGAAUCCAGUCUUGCCAAAUCAGCAAUCCUUAUGGGAAUACCGAACAAAGAUGUAGGAGUAUUUUUGUACCAUGUGUAAUAAGGAAAUAUUUAUGCAUCAUGCAAAGAUUUUGUGUGGUUUUUGUGCAAUUAAUUAUUAAA